CAGCGUCAUGUCGUCCAGCGGGAUGACGGAUGCAGACUAAACGUCAUUGCAUGACGUAAUCGCGUAAUCUAGCGACAUUUCAGAGAGCCAAUAGCGACUUCUCGUGAGAUCUUUUGGCAACAUUUUCUACAGGCGCGAAAUAAACAUGGAGGCGAAUGCAGAAGCAGUAAAGCCUUAUCUCUGGUCUCCAUUAGAAACCAAGGUUUUGGUGUCGAUUUGGACAUCAACGGAGUUCCAAACCAAAUUUGAAAAUUCUACUAGGAAAAGUAAACUGUACGCUGAAUUGGCGGAAAAGUUAGCAAAGGCUGGUUAUGUGAGAACGCCGGAGCAAAUAAUAAACAAGAUCAAGAAAAUGAAAAAAGAAUAUCGCGACGGGAAAACGAAACUAGGCAAAAGGUCCAAUUUGGCGAAAUGCUUUGACCUCCUCGAUGGUGUUCUGGGUUGUAGGCCAGCAGACCUGCAGUCUGGAGCGCUAAAUUCGGCCAUAGAAUAUCUGGAGGAACGCGCGAGCGGAUCGAGCACGCCUUUGGCUUCGGACGCACAGGACUCAUCUGGCGUCUUUGAAGAUCCUGAAUCUUUUGCUAGCAUUUCUACAGAAGUCGCCCCACCUCAAGAGCAACCACGACCAAGGAGAAGGAAAAGGAAGGCACAAGAUACACCAGAUCUGCUUGCGCAUAUGAAGAGGGCUGAUGAGAAGGCUGAGGAGAGAGAAAAGAGGAUGCUACAGCACAUGGAGGAGACGACUAAUGCUCUGCUCAACCUGGUUGGCAGGAUGGUCACUGCAAUAGGUACCAUGAGUUCAUCAGAAAGCUCAGAUUCUGCGGUUGGGGGAGGAAUCACAGUACAGAGAAUACUGAAGAAAGAAGAGUUUAACGAUACAGCCGGCGGGAUUGGUGAUGAAGCCCCAUCUCCCUCCAGUGUGAGCCAGCACCCCAGGGAGUAUAGCGACGUGGAAAGCAGAGCGACGGGACAGAGCCCGGAGCAGCGAGUAGCAGGUCCCACAAUGCACUGCGCUUUGGGGCGGCCAUCUUUGCAAGAGGAAGCUAGCAGGAGCACUGGAGGAAAUGCAGAUAUUCUGAAUGUUAUAAUGGUGGGGCAGUCGGAGCAGGAGCAGAUAAGGAGGGCCUUGGAGCAGGAGGCCCAGGCACUGCAGCGAGAGAGGGAGCUGACGGAGCAACUGAGGAGAGCGCAGCAGCAAGAGGCGCGAGCUCUGGAGCAGCAGCGGGAGCUGACGGAACAGCUGCGGAGGGCCCAGGAGCAGGAGAUGAAGAGAGCAAGAGACCAGGAGGCCCAGGUUCUCCAGCGAGAGAAGGAGCUGAUGGAGCAGCUGCGCAGGAUUCAGGAGCAGGAAAGCCAAGCUCUGGAGUCUGAGAGGCAGGCCAUAGAGCAGCUGAGGAGGGCACAGGAGCAGGAGGGCCGGGCCAUCGAGCGGGAAAGGGAGGCGCUGGAGCAGCUGCGCAGGGAGCUCGAUGAGAGGGAUCCGCAGAGGCAGGAGGAGCCGGGUGUGUGUUCAUCAGACGGCAAGACAAAAGAUGAAAGGACGAGGAGCAGUAGGAGCAAAACUGGAGACAAAGGCUCAUUAUAAUCUGUUACAGUGAUGGCGAAUCCUGCAAAAGGUUAGGAAGCUAAUCUUAUAAACUGGGGGGGCGCUGUGGGGCUUGGUGGGUUAGGCCUCCCAGCCUGCGGUUGUUGGUUUGGGCCUUGACAGAAUAGUCACAGCUCCCUUGGGCCCUUGAGCCCACAACAUUCUUCAGGGGCGAUGGAUCAAUGGCUGACCUGCCCUCAGACCCCAAGCUUCGCUGUCAGCUGUGUGUAUUUCAAAGGAGAACAAGGUGGGAUAUGCAAAAAGAAGCAUUCCAGUGUAUCUGUACUUGUACGUGUUCAUAUGGCAAAUAAAGGAUCAUUUCAUUUUAUUGCUA